AUGCCGGUCAUGAAGGGGUUGCUGGCCCCUCAAAACACCUUUCUGGACACCAUCGCCACCCGCUUUGACGGCACGCAUAGCAACUUCCUUCUGGCCAAUGCACAGGGCCCACGGGGUUUUCCCAUCGUCUACUGCUCUGACGGCUUCUGUGAGCUCACCGGCUACGGCCGCACCGAGGUCAUGCAGAAAACCUGUAGCUGCCGAUUCCUCUACGGCCCAGAGACCAGUGAGCCGGCCCUGCAACGGCUACAAAAAGCCCUGGAGGGCCACCAGGAACACCGAGCUGAAAUCUGCUUUUACCGAAAGGAUGGCUCAGCCUUUUGGUGUCUCCUGGACAUGAUGCCCAUCAAGAAUGAGAUGGGGGAAGUUGUGCUUUUCCUAUUUUCUUUCAAGGACAUCACUCAGAGUGGAGGCCCAGGACUUGGCUCACCGGGAAUCCAUGGGGACAAUAAUCAUGAAAACUCCCUUGGGAGGAGAGGAACUAGCUCAAAACUUCGGUCCACCAGAAGACAGAACCGGACUGUCCUCCACCGGUUGACUGGCCAUUUUGGUCGCCGGGGUCAGGGAAGCGUGGAGGCAAAUAAUAACGUGUUUGAGCCAAAGCCAUCAGUGCCUGAGUACAAGGUGGCCUCCGUGGGGGGCUCCCGCUGCCUCCUCCUCCACUACAGCAUCCCCAAGGCUAUCUGGGAUGGCCUCAUCCUUCUCGCCACAUUCUACGUUGCGGUCACCGUCCCCUACAAUGUCUGCUUCUCCGGUGAUGACGACACCCCCAUCACUUCCCGACACACCCUUGUCAGCGACAUUGCUGUGGAGAUGCUCUUCAUCCUGGACAUCAUCUUGAACUUCCGCACCACCUAUGUGUCCCAGUCGGGCCAGGUGAUCUCUGCUCCUCGUUCCAUCGGCCUCCACUACCUGGCCACCUGGUUCUUCGUGGACCUUAUUGCUGCUUUGCCCUUUGAUCUGCUGUAUGUCUUCAACAUCACUGUGACCUCGCUGGUGCACCUGCUGAAAACGGUACGGCUCCUGCGGUUGCUGCGGUUGCUGCAGAAGCUGGAGCGGUACUCGCAGUGCAGCGCGGUGGUGCUGACGCUGCUCAUGUCCGUCUUUGCCCUCCUUGCUCAUUGGAUGGCCUGCGUCUGGUAUGUCAUCGGGCGCCGGGAGAUGGAAGCUAAUGACCCGCUGCUCUGGGACAUUGGUUGGCUGCAUGAGCUGGGCAAGCGGCUGGAGGAGCCCUAUGUCAACGGCUCAGCAGGUGGACCAUCUCGGCGCAGUGCCUACAUUGCGGCCCUGUAUUUCACGUUGAGCAGCCUCACCAGUGUGGGCUUUGGCAACGUGUGUGCCAACACUGAUGCCGAGAAGAUCUUCUCCAUCUGCACGAUGCUCAUAGGCGCGCUGAUGCACGCAGUAGUGUUUGGGAAUGUCACAGCCAUCAUCCAGCGCAUGUACUCCCGACGCUCGCUCUACCACAGCCGCAUGAAGGACCUCAAAGAUUUCAUCAGAGUGCACCGCCUGCCCCGUCCACUCAAGCAGCGCAUGCUGGAGUACUUCCAGACUACGUGGGCUGUCAACAGCGGCAUCGAUGCCAACGAGUUACUGCGUGACUUCCCAGACGAGCUGCGGGCUGACAUUGCCAUGCACCUGAAUCGGGAGAUCCUGCAGCUGCCAUUGUUUGGAGCAGCUAGCAGGGGCUGUCUGCGGGCCCUCUCCCUGCACAUCAAGGCCUCGUUUUGUGCUCCCGGGGAGUAUCUGUUACGCUGCGGGGACGCCCUCCAGGCUCACUACUAUGUCUGCUCUGGCUCGCUUGAGGUGCUCCGCGACAACAUGGUGCUGGCCAUCCUUGGGAAGGGGGACUUGAUUGGGGCAGACAUCCCUGAGUUGGGGCAGGAGCCUUGGCCAGGGGCAGGCCCCAGCUGUGUGCUGAAGACCAGCGCUGAUGUAAAAGCACUGACUUACUGUGGCCUGCAGCAGCUGAGUAGCCGAGGGCUGGCUGAGGUCCUGCGACUGUAUCCGGAAUAUGGGGCUGCCUUCCGGGCUGGCCUACCCCGGGACCUAACCUUCAACCUGCGCCAAGGCUCGGAAAACAAUGGCCUCAGCCGCUUCUCUCGCUCUCCUCGCCUCUCCCAGCCACGCUCCGACACUCUUGGUUCCUCCUCAGACAAGACUCUGCCCUCCAUCACAGAAACCGAGGGUGGCAUGGAGCCUGGGGCUGGUCCCAAGCCCCGUCGGCCCCUCCUGCUGCCCAACCUCAGUCCAGCACGGCCUCGGGGGUCCCUGGUCAGCCUUUUGGGCGAGGAGCUGCCCCCAUUCUCAGCCCUUGUCUCCUCUCCUUCCCUUUCCCCGUCUCCUUCCCCUGCCCUGGCUGGCCGGGGCCAAAGUCCCUCCCUGCACAGCCCCCCCAGGGGCUCUGCUGCCUGGAAGCCCCCCCAGCUCCUCAUUCCCCCACUGGGAACAUUUGGACCUCCGGACCUCAGUCCCCGGAUAGUGGAUGGCAUUGAGGAUCCCAGUAAAACGGCCGAGGCCCCUUCAUUCCGGUUCAGCAAGAGACAAGAACCCACCAGAACGCGCUCACAGGCUCCCUCUUCAGGCCCCAGGCCUAGUCGGGAACUGGCCACAGAGGCAGCAGAGGAGGUGAAGGAGAAGGUCUGUCGGCUGAACCAGGAGAUCUCCCGCCUCAAUCAGGAAGUGUCUCAGCUGAGCAGAGAGCUGCGACAAAUGACGGGGCUCCUACAGGCCAGGCUGGGUCCUCCAAGUCACCCGUCUGACUCAGCUUGGCCCCCAGGCCUUCCUUGCCCCCACCAGAGGCCACCAUGCAUCUCUCCUCACCUGUCUGGACCGCCACCGGGUCUCCAGGAUACCACACUCGCUGUUGUUCACUGUCCAGCCAGUGUGGGGACCGUGGAGAUAGGGGCCACCCCCUCAGACCUGAGACCUUCCACGAUGGCACCCUAUCCCUCAGAACCUGAACCUCUUGGACCCUCUCCGGUGUCGGAGGCUUCUCCCCUGACCCCAAGCCUCAUGAGGCACAGCUUUCAGUCUGGGUCAGACACAUUCCACUGA